GCUCUAACUUCGCCCAGCAUCGGCAUCAACAGCCAAUCACGGGGGAAGGGCAGGGGCAGGGGGGACCAGCAGGGAGGGGGUAAUAAUGGUGAGGACGUGGGAAGGGGAGGGCAGGGUGCAGGUCAUCAAAGAAGUGAAUGUGCGAACGAUGGGAGGGGGGACGUGGCACAGCAGGAAGAGUCGGGACUGCAAGGCGUGGAUGCACACAAGCAGCAGCAGUUGCAGCAGCAGCAGCAGGGUGCGAGCAUGUCCAUGCAGCUAGCCAACUUGAGGUCGCAGGUGGGUCUCCAGCCGCAGUCGCUGCUCGCCCAAGCGCUCAAGCUCUCCCACCAGCCUUCCUUCGCAGCCGUCUCCAAUCUCCCACUCUUCUCUAAUUUCCGCUCUGCCGCCGCCCCUCACUCCUCCGCGCAACCCACCGAGCCCCAUGCAUCAUCACCCCACGCAGCUACCCUGUCCUCUACCAGCACUGUAGCUGCUGCGGCCGCUGCAGCACCAGCAGGUGCUACAGUGUCAGUGCCCAACUCAUCUAGCCCUGCCUGGAGCGAGCCGGCGUUCCCCACGGUGCAGUCUGGGGAGGUGACGGACCGCUUCUCUUCCUUCAGCGAUUCGCAGUUCGCCUCUGCUGCUGAAAUCGGUGCCACUUCGUCCACCGCUGCUGCUGGCAUGAUGGCGGCUGCUGCACCUGCAGGUCUAAAUGCUGGUCACAGUGGUGCUGUUGGUAGUGGUUCUAGCGGUUUCGGUGGUAGUAAUGUUGGUGGUGGCUUGAGCACUACUAUUCCUGGGGGCAAUGACAGUGGGAAACAAGGGGGCUCAUUCACCACUGUGCUCCGUAUGUCCUCAGCUGCUCUUCAGCACCAGCAACAGCAGCAGAUGCUGCUGCGACAGCAGUGGAGUGGGCAGGCGGGUGGAGGGCAAGAGAGUGCAGCAGCCAGUGCAGAGGCCUCUGUGCAUGUGUGGAGGCCACGGGAAGACACGAGCUGGUUUCAGCAGCUGGGGCAGUCAGGAGCACUUGAGAAGCUUGCUGGAGGCAUCGGUGGAGAGGGUGGAGAGGCUGAAACGUCUGCAGCAGCACCGGCUGCAGGAGGGGGAGCAGGAGCAGAAAAUCACGUGUUUGAAGGGAGGGCUAGUGGGGAACGGGGAGGAGGAAUGCUAUUGCUGGCAGAGCCUGCGUCUGCUGAUGUCAGCAGACUUGACGACGAUGAGGAGGAAGAGGCGACUCCUGAGACUGAAGAGGUUGAGGGUGACAAUAAUGAAGGCGAAGGCGAAAAGCCCGCAGACGAAACUGCUGAAGGGGGUGAGAUUGAAGAGGAGGAGGAGACAGAGGAAGACCAGCCUUCAGCCUUCGGUACCUGGAAUCUCGGCAGUCUGCUACAAACAAUCGCCACCAAAUCGGAGGAGGUGUUGCGGGAGUACAAGCAGGAGCUGCAGGAGUUCGGCGAGGGGCUCAAGAAGGAGACGGAGGAGCUCGUGGAAACCACUGCCACAACUGUCAGCGACCUGCCUUCCUCGCUCGAGUCCGGCGCCCAAGCGGCUCAGAGCUCACUGGAGGGUGUGGGCCACACAAUCGAGGAGUUCGGUUCGUCUUUAUGGAAAGGCACGACGGAGAUUCUGGCAUCAGUGAAGGAGGCGGUGGCGAUGGUGGAGGAGGAGGUCGCCGCCAACGCUGCUGGCGCCCGCCCCCGCGCGCCCUCUGCUGCUGCUGGACUCGCCUCUGCCAUCCCCAGAGGCAAGUACAGCCGCUAUGAAGCACUGGUGAGCGCCAUGCAGAGGGACAGCAGCACGUACUGUGAUGAGCCAGAGGACACUGAGGACUUUGCCAAGUGGAUUGAAACCUUUGACCUCAAGAACAGGGAGGCAGACGUGGAGGCAGUGCUCAAGGACAACGCGUUCAUGCAGGAGCUGCAGUCACGCAUUGUGCCGUUGAUAGUGGAGAGGGAGACGUUCUGGACGCGCUACUUCUACCGCCUCUACCGCCUGCAGCAGGCCGAGGACGCCCGCGCUGACCUCGUCAAGAGAGCGACGACAUCAGAGGAGGAGGACCUGAGCUGGGAUGUGGAUGACGAUGCAGACGACGCUCAGAGCAGCCCUGCUGCUGCCCACCAUGGCGCCGCGGGUAAAAGUGAUGCUGCUGAUGCGGAUGCAGGUGCCGCUGGAGUUUCUGCAGCGGAUGAUGCUGGUGCUCCUGCUGGUGGUGGUGGUGGUGCUGCUGGCGCUGUUGAUGGCAAUGGCCCUGCUGCCGCCUCGCCUUCUGAUAAACCAGAGGAGGCAACGGCGAAGGUCCCAGCGGAGGAAGAAGCAGCUGCUGGGAUGGAGAAUAGGGCAAAGAGGAGUGGGGAAGCAAAAGACGCAGAAGCAGAGGAGGGUGAGAAGGAGAGAGAUGCAUCGAGUCUAGCUGCGACAUCACUGCAACCAGAACCAAGUAAUCGCAGCAACAGCAGUGACAGCUCAGCAGGCAGUGAGUGGCAAGUUGUGUCUAAAGAUGAUGCUUCUCAGGAGGACGGAUUGAAGGCAUCACAACCCUCUGCUCCUGCUCUUACAACAGCAGCUGAGGCGGCUGCCGCUCCUGCUUCUGACGUGUCAGAACCUGCAGCUCUGGUCUCCCAGCCUGCUGCUGAGCCUACAGUUGCCAGCGGUUCAAAUACAACAAGUGCGGACGGCGAAGGGGCGAAGGAAGAAGGAAACGAGAAAAAGAAUGAGGCAGAGGCGAGAAGGGCAAGAAGGAAGGUGGAGAUGGAGAGGAGGAUGAGGUAA